AUGGGUAAGAGAAAGAAAUCGUCUAGAGGUCCAGCUAAGAAACAAGUUCAAAAAUUAGAUACCAAAUUUAAUUGUUUGUUUUGUAAUCAUGAAAAUUCAGUAUCAUGUAAGCUGGAUAAAAGAAAUAGUAUCGGAUCCUUAAAUUGUAAAAUUUGUGGACAAAGUUUUCAAACACGUAUAAAUGCAUUAUCACAACCUGUAGAUGUGUAUAGUGAUUGGUUUGAUGCAGUAGAAGAGGUUAAUCAAGGUAAAGCAAGUGACUCCGAAGAAGAUGAAGGCUCCAGUAGUGAUUAUGAGAGUGAAUCUGAUGGAGGUGAGACCACUGGUAGAAGUAAUGCAGGUGGUAGAGUAGUAGAUGACGAUGAUGAUGACGAUGACGAUGACGAAGCGGAAUAUGGCGAAGAAAGAAGUAAAAGAGGUGCCGGUGCUCUUCUAGAUAGCGAUGACGAAUAA